UCCCCCUUCAUACACAUCUGCGCCAGGAGCUCCUCUUGCCCCCCUUUCUCAGCAGCCAUGUCCAGGCAGUCCACCAUCACUUUUCAGACCGGCAGCCGCAGGGGCUUCAGCACCACCUCAGCCUCCGGGCGCCCUCGCUUCAGCUCAGCCUCUCUGGCCCGCACCACAGGGGGCAGUGGAGGGCUGGGAAGAAUCAGUGGUCCAGGGGCCAGCUUUGGAAGCCGCAGCCUCUACAACCUAGGGGGGACCAAGCGGGUCUCCAUCAGUGGGAGUGGCAACAACUUCAGAAGUGGCUUUGGUGGUAGGGCAAGCAGUGGGUUUGGGGUCAGCAGUGGCUUUGGCUAUGGAGGUGGAGUGGGCGGGGGCUAUGGGAGUUCUGGCUUCCCUGUCUGCCCCCCUGGAGGCAUCCAAGAAGUCACCGUCAACCACAGUCUCCUGACUCCCCUCAACCUGCAAAUCGACCCCACCAUCCAGCGAGUGCGGAAAGAGGAGCGAGAGCAAAUCAAGACCCUCAACAACAAGUUUGCCUCCUUCAUCGACAAGGUGCGCUUCCUGGAGCAGCAGAACAAGGUCCUGGAAACCAAGUGGAGCCUCCUGCAAGAGCAGGGAACUAAGACAGUGAGGCAGAACCUGGAGCCCUUCUUUGAUGCCUACCUCAAUGACCUCCGCCGGCAGCUGGACAGCGUCACCAGUGAGAGGGGCAGGCUGGACGCUGAGCUGAGGAACAUGCAGGACGUCGUAGAAGAUUUCAAAGUCAGGUAUGAGGACGAAAUUAACAAGCGCACUGCUGCUGAGAAUGAGUUUGUGGCCCUGAAGAAGGAUGUGGAUGCUGCCUACAUGAACAAGGUGGAGCUGGAGGCCAAGGUCAGCUGUCUGACCGACGAGAUCAACUUCUUACGGAUGCUCUAUGAGGAAGAGCUGUCCCAGAUGCAGACCCAGGUCAGCGACACCUCCGUGGUACUGUCCAUGGACAACAACCGCAGCCUAGACCUGGACAGCAUCAUCGCUGAGGUCAAGGCCCAGUACGAAGACAUUGCCAACCGCAGCCGGGCUGAGGCUGAGUCUUGGUACCAGACCAAGUAUGAGGAGCUGCAGGUCACGGCGGGCAGACACGGCGAUGAUCUUCGAAAUACCAAACAAGAGAUCUCUGAGAUGAACCGGAUGAUCCAGAGGCUGAGAACCGAGAUUGACAACGUGAAGAAGCAGUGCUCCAGCCUGCAAACAGCCAUCGCUGACGCAGAACAGCGCGGAGAACUGGCCCUCAAGGAUGCACGAGCCAAGCUGGUGGACCUGGAGGAAGCCCUGCAGAAGGCCAAGCAGGACAUGGCCCGGCUGCUGCGCGAGUACCAGGAGCUGAUGAAUGUCAAGCUGGCCCUGGAUGUGGAGAUCGCCACCUACCGCAAGCUGCUGGAGGGCGAGGAGUGCAGGCUGAGUGGAGAGGGUGUUUCUCCGGUUAAUAUCUCUGUGGUCACCUCCACUGUUUCCAGUGGCUACGGCAGUGGCAGCGGCAUUGGAGGUGGAGGCCUGGGUCUCGGUGGGGGCAGUGGCUAUUCCUUCACCACCAGCGGUGGUCACAGUUUGGGCAUGGGGCUGGGAGGCUCCGGCUUCAGUGCCAGUAGCAGCCGGGGCCUUGGGGGCAAUGGUUCCAGUGUCAAGUUUGUCUCCACCACGUCUUCCAGCCGAAAGAGCUAUAAACACUAAGUGCAGCCACACACUCGCUCACCCCGGUCCUGAAACCAGGUUUACCCACUGACCUGGCCUGUGUGCCCACACCCUUGGACACCUGGGUCCUUCUCCUACUUCUCCCCGUCACAAGGCCCACCUGUGCUGCUAGGAAGCCUGGCAUCCUGGUAAACCCCAGUCUCCAACCUGAGCCAGCCUCUGCCCUCCUGACAGUCCCCUAGACAGCCCCUGGAGCCCUCUCUGUGCCAGAGCACAGACUUUCAAGAUUCACAUUUGGCUUGUCUUGCAGAGACUCCCCUUCAGCUCCUCCUCCCUCCUUCCCACCCUCCAGAUGCAGAAAUGCAGAGUCUGUGUCUCCCAGACCAUCUUCAUGCCAGGUUGUCAGGCCCCCUGUCUCACGGUGCUUAUAAGCUGCCUUCUGGGAGUGAGGGCUCCCUCUCUCCCCUCUCUGGAAUGUGUCAAUUAAAUGUAUGUGUAAUGUG